AUAUCUAUAAGGAGGACUGGUGGAGAAAUGCAAGUACAGUAUACCUGCUGUGCUGGCUGAAGGUGAAGGCAUGGCGAGCACCUCGCUGUGUGCUGCUAACACAGCUGCCUCUCAGAACCUUCGGAAAGGGUCUGGUUUUGUAGAAAAUAAACCCACACAGUGCUCGUUUUCCAUUGAAAGUAUUCUGGGACUGGAGCAGAAAAAAGAUGGCAUUCCAGCUGUGAAACCUCACAGACCAUGGAUGGAUGCAUGUACCAACCUGGUUUUAGGUGAUGACAGUAAUCCCCACCUGCAAAUCCCUGUUGUUUGCUAUGAAAAUCCACUAUUUCAUGCUAAUAGUAAUCCAACACAAGAGGAGAAAGUUCUGAAAUGUGAAAAACAUUUUUCGGUCACUGAAAGGCUUUCUUUCAAACGGGAAUUGAGCUGGUACAGGGGUAGAAGACCAAGAACUGCAUUCACUAGAAACCAGAUUGAAGUCUUGGAAAAUGUUUUCAAAAUGAACUCCUACCCUGGCAUUGACAUUAGAGAAGAGCUGGCUCGCAAGUUAGAUUUAGAUGAAGACAGGAUCCAGAUCUGGUUCCAGAACCGUCGUGCAAAGCUGAAAAGAUCACACCGGGAAUCUCAGUUUCUAAUGGUGAAAAACACUUUUACCUCCAGCCUGCUGGAGUAGAAAGAAGGAUGGUUUGUUUUACUAUACAUGUACAAUACAACAUGAAGAAUUAUUGGAGUUUUCAUAGCUUGUAUUAAGUAAUUAUGAUAGAUUUAAUUAUGAAUUAUCUCAAGAUUUCAAAGUUUAUAAUAAUUUUCAUUCAAAUAAACUGUAAAUACUUGAAGUAUUAUUAUAAUCUACUUUUUAUAGAAAAAUGGAACUUUCCCUAUAUAUUUCAGUAGGUAU